AUGAUCCAGUAUGACAUGGAUGUUGCACUGGAUUCCCAGGAUGAUGGUGAUGCUGUUGAAACACGGUUAUGUUUUCCUAAUAUGUGUAAACUGCUGAAAGAGUUUGGUGCCAUGACAGAAAAAGUCAAAGCUUUGGAAACGAGGCUGCAGGAAAGUGAAACCAGGCUACAGGACAGCGAGGAUCAGAUUCUUGAACUGAAAAACAAAGAAAGAACCAAGGUGAUCUUCAGUGCAGCAGCAGGAGGAGGGGACAUACCAAUCGGACCUUUUGAGACGGACACAAUCCUAAUCUACAAAACGGUGAUCACAAACAUCGGCAACGCCUACGACCCAGUCACAGGUAUCUUCACAGCACCUGUUGCAGGUGUUUAUUACUUUACCUUCUUUUUUCUCACUGGAGGGGAACUAACCACACAUGUAGUGCUCAUGAAAAACUCCCAGGUGACAUUCCUGAGCUUGGAUUUCCAUACAGAACACGACAUGGCUGACAACGGAGGAAACGCCAUUUUUCUUCAGCUUCAGCCAGGAGACCAGGUUUAUAUGCGCCUCACUGCAAGCACUCACGUCUUUGGAGGCGACUACGUUACAACUUUCAGCGGUUCUUUGGUCACUCACAUGUGA